AUGCUAGCAUCUCAGACUGUGCUACAGCCGCAAGUUGUGACAACAAAUCGAACAGUUGAAUACAUGCCAUCUAUGCAAUUUGCAGAACGAACAGUCGAAAGUACGAACCGUUUAAGAUUUCGUGUACCACUCAUCAAUCCAUACGAUUUGGACGAUAUUCCAACUGAAUACAGAGCAAUGUUGACAAAUAUUUAUCCGCCACGAAGAGAUGAAGAUAUUGAAGGUUGGUUUGAUUAUUUUCAACGUGAAAUUGCAAAUUAUAAACAAGCCAUUAGAAGAAUAAUUCAAGAGGUCAAUCAAUCAAGAGAACAAUAUAAAUCACUUGUUACUGCUAAUGAAGAUUUGAGAGCGAAAAUGGGAGAUUUUGAUAAGAAAAGAAAACGUCUUGUAGAAAUAUUUGAAGGUGAUAAGAUAGAUAAGACAAAAAUGAACGACGUAUUUAGUAAGUUAUUUCCAUACGAUGGAGUGAUAUUUUCAAUAGAUCAUUGGUAUUUUACAGAUCGAUUAAAUGCUAAAAUAUCUUCACAAACAUUGGAAUUAAGAGAAUAUCAUACAAAACUUAGUAAUUAUGAGAAAGAAUUAGCAAAAGUAAGUAGUACUUCGUUUUCCUAGGGAAAUAAGUAUAAAUAUUUAUUGUUUGAGGAAAAGAACGUUUCGUUAAAGCGCAUUAAAAAUCUAUAUAUGUAGGGUUAUAGAAUCUCUAACAGAUAAAAAAUUACAAAAUGUUAAAAAGAGUCUCAUAAGAAUUUUUUUAACAGAAAGAUUGCUUUUUCGAAAAAUAGGCUUGCUUUGUGAAUCAUAUUUUCCCCACGAAGUCAAGCCAAAAGAAGACAACAAGGUAUGUAUUCGACGUGUCUUUUCAACUUUUAUCCGAUGAAGUGGUUGCCCAUGAGAUUUAAAAACGUUUAACUAUAAAAAAUAGCUAACAAAGGCUAUGCUCCUCGUUUUUUAAAGUUUAAGCACGUACUGCGCUAUUCCGCUGGGUUAUAGAGCGUGAACUGGCAUACAUUUUUAAUGCACUCGCCGUGGGAUGUGAGAAAAACAGGUUUUCGCCUUUGGUUGAGUAUUUCCAGAAAAAUACCACAGGAUUCUUAACUUUUUUUGGGAAGUGCUCAACCAAAAGUGAAAACCUGUUUUUCUCAUAUCCCACGGCGAGUGCAUUACAACUGUAUGUCAGUUCAUGCUCUGUAAUCUAAUAAUCAGGUGCAGUAGCCUUAAAAAUGCUCGGAAAAUAUUUCUGAACAACUAUUUUUACGGAUACUUUCUCUCGGUUUUUAACAUUCCAAGCUAUACUGUACAUAAAAUAUAGUAUAUCUUGAUAUUUCGAGGCAGCUGUGAUUGAUUCUGACUGAGGUAUACAUUUUUUAAUUCUCAAGAAAAACAGUCAAACAAGAGUUAUUCCACUAAGUUACUGAAGUUGGAGAACCGAGACCGGCAUAGAUUUGUAGAGCUCGAUCUCACAAUUCGAACUCAUACAUUGCAGCAAAAACUUAAUUUUACAUGGUAAAAUAAAUCUGUUGUCAUAACUGGCACUGGGCACUGAAGUCUAGGAUUGGUGGCAGCGAAUGUAAAUUGAGCCAAAGUUAACUUCUUAUCAAGCAAAAGGACGUGGAUAAGCGAUGCCAUCGGCUCAAAAAACUUUGAAGAAAAAUCUAUAUGAUUAAAAUCAGCAUCGAAUUCUGAAUAAAAUGAUGCAUUUAGUUUUUCGAAAAAACGACUUUUAUUUCUUGCGAAAAAGUUUCGGAUCCCGCCCCUCCCCCUUGGAACAUCGAAAAACUUUUUUUUGCAGGUUUCUUUGAAAUAUACAUUAUUCUAUGCAGAAUUUGAUUCUGAUUCGGAUACGAAACUGUAGUCGGUUUUGUUUAAGAAUGCAUUUUGAACGAGAAAAAUACUUUUUUCUCCUCGA